AUUCCAUGCCAGAUUUCCAGACUCCCACCCUAACCAACCUCCCUCUUAUAUAAAACCCUCCUCCUCCUCCCUCCGCAACCCAGCCAACCCCAGUUCCCAAAACCCCUUCAAUUUCCCACCCAGAAUCGCAGAACCAGUUUCCCCCAAUUCACCCAAACCCUAAUUUUCCAACCCCAGAAAAUCAAAAAUUAGGUUUCUCACGUAACCAAUGUCACAGCUGAAGCCAAUUUCUCAUCUUGAUAACAUACCCUCGACUCCAGGGAAGUUCAAGCUCGAGAAAUCCCAGCCCUACAUUCACCGCCUCCGCUUCCACGCGUCGCUCUCCAAGCUCACCCUCUGGUCCUCCUUCUUCCUCGUCUUCAUUCUCUUCUACUACGUCCUCUCCUCGCCGUCGCCGUCGCUCCCCUCCCGCCGCGCCCUCAACGACUCCUGGGGCGGCCCCGAUUGGGAGAAGCGCGUCACCCGCUCCGCCCGAACCUCGCCGCAUGGCCUCACCGUCCUCGUCACCGGCGCCGCCGGCUUCGUCGGCACCCACGUGUCCAUGGCCCUCAGGCGCCGCGGCGACGGCGUCAUCGGAAUCGACAAUUUCAACCACUACUACGACCCCCGCCUGAAGCGCGACCGCCAGAAGCUUCUCGAGAAGGGCGGCGUGUUCGUCGUCGAGGGCGACAUAAACGACGCGUCGUUGCUGCGGAAGCUCUUCGACGUGGUGCCGUUCACGCACGUGAUGCACCUGGCGGCCCAGGCCGGCGUCCGGUACGCAAUGCAGAACCCCGGCUCGUAUGUCCACAGCAACAUUGCCGGUUUUGUGAGCCUCCUCGAGGUCUGCAAGUCGGUGAACCCGCAGCCGGCGAUUGUCUGGGCCUCGUCGAGUUCGGUUUAUGGGCUCAAUUCCAAGGUGCCGUUUUCGGAGAAGGACAGGACUGACCAGCCGGCGAGUCUCUAUGCGGCGACAAAGAAGGCCGGGGAGGAGAUUGCUCAUACUUAUAACCACAUUUACGGGCUUUCGAUCACCGGCCUGAGGUUCUUUACAGUUUACGGGCCGUGGGGGAGGCCUGACAUGGCUUACUUUUUCUUCACCAGGGAUAUUCUGAAAGGGAAGCCGAUUACCAUCUUUGAGGCUCCCGGACAUGGCUCUGUGGCCAGAGAUUUUACCUACAUUGAUGAUAUCGUGAAGGGUUGUCUGGCGUCUUUGGAUACAGCAAAGAAGAGUACGGGGAGCGGUGGGAAGAAGAAGGGUCCGGCGCAGUUGAGGAUAUUCAAUUUGGGGAACACGUCCCCUGUGCCGGUGACUAAUCUUGUGAGCAUUUUGGAGAAGCAGUUGAAGGUUAAGGCCAAGAGGGAGGUGCUGCCAAUGCCGAGGAAUGGAGAUGUGAGAUACACGCAUGCCAAUAUAAGCUUAGCACACAAGGAGCUCAGGUACAAGCCUAACACUGAUUUGGAGGCAGGGUUGAAGAAGUUUGUCAAAUGGUACGUGGAUUAUUAUUCCAAGUCUAAGAAGAAAAUAAGUGCCUGGUGAAUGUUCUGUCUCGUCUUGUGCUUUUGAGUAUCUGUAAUUGUUGUUACCAUUCAUUUAUAUUGGUCUCCAACCAUUUUGCACUCUUGGCACAAUCGAGCGGUCGCUACUCACUAGUGAUCAGAAGAUGGAUGUAGUUCGAUGAUGGGUUGAUUUUUGUUGGUUGAGAGCUUUCAGUGGCUGGGCAUACUUGAGUUGUACCAAAAACAAAUACUGGAGGCAUCUCAGAGGUUUUCCACAUGCUGCUUCCUCUUUCAAUUAGGAUGUUCAUUUUUAGUGUUUGCUGUACAGCUCUUGACUCAUAGAACAAAAGAUUUUGCUGGUUUGUGGGACUUAAUCUUUUAUUUUUAAAUAAUUCCAAUAAAAUGACAUUUGUGCAUUCCGGAA